UCCUUCUGCAUGUAAUGUUCAUUCCUUCAUCGAAAACUCCAAAGGAACAGAGUUGUGUUGUUGUUGUUUGCAUACACUCCGUUGUGUCAAAGUCACAUGUUGCCAUGUCAACGGCGUCGUAAACAUUGUCCGUUGUAUUAUGAGUCUAAACACUGACCUGCUAGAGAAACUGGAGGAGUUGAUUGAAAGUACAAAACUCGGUGAUGACUCGGAAGAAAAGAAGGCGAAGGAGCCGUCCAGCUGCAACGAGCCACCGCAUCCCACAUACGAAAUCAUUCCAAAAUUCUACCAUAAAUUGCCGAAAAAUGCGGACAAUUUAGCUCAGAAACUUCGUGAGGAGGCGAGAUCCUUGUUCCUGCAGAAACGAACCAAGGAAUUGCUUGAUAAUAACGAACUGAAAAUCCUAUGGGGAAUCCUCGAAAGGAACCAUACUCAAAUUACUCCGCUGGGUGAGCAGUUAAUUGGGUACGACGACUACCUGAAGGUUAUAGAGGAGUCCGGAGAGAAGUGUCGGAAGUACCUGACUGCUUCCUUGUUCGCUCGGUUGCAGACUUCUUGUGGAUAUCCAGGGAAAGUGAGUAUAACGUCAGUGUUCAAUUAUACGAUGCGGAAGGUGUGGAUGCAGCAGACACGGAUCGGGUUGUCCUUGUACGAUUACACAGGACAGGGUUUCCUGAGGGAGACGGACCUGGAAAACUACAUUCUAGAGCUCAUUCCUACCCUCCCUCAACUGGAGGGCCUCGAACACUCCUUCCACAGCUUCUAUGUAUGCACAGCUGUCCGAAAGUUCUUUUUCUUCCUCGACCCAUUGCGUACGGGAAAGGUUCGAAUUCGCGACAUCCUUGCCUGUGGCUUUUUGGACGACUUACUAGAAUUGCGGGACGAAGAAACGCCUAAAGAAUGUCAAGAAUUAAACUGGUUCUCCGCUACGUCUGCCCUGACUGUUUACGGCCACUAUCUGAAUCUCGAUAAAGAUCACAAUGGAAUGCUGAGCAAAGCGGAACUGGCGGGCUACGGUUCCGGAACGUUGACUAACGUGUUUUUGGAUCGAGUGUUCGCAGAAUGUCUCACAUACGACGGCGAAAUGGACUACAAAACUUAUUUGGACUUUGUUCUGGCUUUGGACAAUCGACACGAGCCGCAGAGCUUGCAUUAUCUUUUCCGCAUUUUGGAUGUGGAGCACAAAGGUUACCUGACGGCGUUCACAUUGCAUUAUUUUUUCAAAGGCAUUCAGGAGCAAAUUGUUGCUCAUAAAGCUGAGCCGGUGAAUUUUGAAGAUGUGAAGGACGAAAUUUUCGAUAUGGUGAAGUCUGAAGAUCCUACGAAGAUUACUUUGAAAGAUUUGAUUAAUUGUGGACAGGCUGAAACCGUGGUUUCGAUUCUCAUUGAAUUCCACAAGUUCUGGGCGUACGAAAAUCGAGAAGUAAUUGUUGCAGAGACCGCGUCCGACGAUGGAACGCACAAUGUGUGAUUUUUUAUACGAAACGAGAGCCACCGAGAACAAUCAUGUACUUAUUUUUGUAUUUGAUACUUUUCUACACAAUUCCUUGCCUUACAUUCCAUAUUAUAAUUCCUAGUAAUAGAGACUUUUGAAAAUAAAAGCAAAAGUUAUUUAAGAAAAA